CCUCGAUAUGCCUGAGGGGUAUUCCUACUUGAAUACCGCCGCCCUAGAGAUAAAGUCGAAAGCUGACAGGGAAGAUCUCUAUGUCACCCAACUACAUGUGGGCCCCUCGGCCGUUGUGGUGGCACCGGGUCCUGAUGACGUCCUCUUCGGGCUCCCGAGGGCUGUAUUAUGGUGCACGUCUUGUCCGUCUCGAUGGGGCUCCGGUUCCCACUACACCCCUUCCUUCGGGAAUACCUCCAGUUCGUAGGUUUGGUCCCCUGCCAACUGACCCCGAACAGCCACUCCUACAUCGCGGGCUUCCUCCAUCUCUGCAAAUCCGGGGGGUAACGCCUAGCCUGGACCUGUUCUUUCAAAGCUUCAACUUGUGCCGGGGGGGGGGGGGGGGGCAUGCGAAUGCCGAGGGCUUCGCGAAUUUGCAGCAGGUGGCUUUGUUCAAGCUGUUUACUGAGGCGCCCUCCUCGAACAAGGGGUGGAAGGACUGGUGGUGCUUCAUAAAGUUAGCCGAGAGCCCCUUCCUGAGGGAGCUGCGUGACCGGUUCAGGCACCAUGAAAAGAGGAGGAGCGUCGCCCUCGAGAAAGAUGGCAGGAUCCUGGCAAAGAUCCCGGAGGGCAGAGAUAAGAACAUAGCCAUCAAGGAAUGCAUUCGAGAGGAGGACCUCUACGCCCUUGGUUUCCGACGGUAUCGCUUCCUGGGGGAAACGGAUGAAAAGUUCCCAGCACUUGAGGGAGCCUCCGGAGGUAGCAGCUGAGAGCCUCCAGUCCUUAGACUUAUGUAUAUUUAGGCGUAGAUGUAUUUUUUGUAUCCUUUCUCCUCCGGCUUUAACCGUCCUUAUCUUUUUCAGGUAUCAGCAUGGAUCUCAACGCCUUCGCCGCCCUCAAAAAACAGAAGGCCAAGGCCCCGGGCCAGAAGGAUCCCACCAAGCAGAAGCCCCUUGGGGAGUUCUUGAAGAAGGGCAGCGAGCCCUCAGAGGAGGCCGGGAAGAGGAAAGCCGCCGGCAAGGCCCCAAUCCUCGAGGGGAAGAGGCAGAAGAAGGGGGAUGCAGGGAAGAAGGCUCCCCCGGUGGUGGUGGUGGAUGAGCACUCCGUUUCCGAGCCCAGUGCUCAAAUGGCAACAACUGCUCCCCGCCUGCCCUCGGGUCAAGGGGGUGAGGCAGGCUUGCCCCGGGAGGACAUACGGUUCUCCCUGCCGAAGGGGGCAACCAUCACCCAUGGCACCGUAGACCCCCGGGAGUUUUUGGGCGGGGCUACCCCCGCACUGGAUAGGAGGGCCCUCGGAAAGCUCGACGAUGAAGCCCUCGAAUAAAAAAUCCUCCGGUCCUCCCUUACCGCCUGCAUAGCCCUCGGCGAACACGCCAGGAGGUUCGAUGAGUGGCGCCUCCAGAAGGCGCAACAGGAUGAGUCCUUCAAAAAGCUUAUUCAUGAUAAUGCCGAAGCUGUGAGGCAGAUGGCUCAGCUAGAGAGGGACCUCCAGCAGGCGAGGGAGGAAGCUGAGAAGGCGGCCAAAGAGAAGGCGGAGGUGGAGAAGGUUGCUGUCGAGGCUGCAAAAAAGGCCUUCGAAGACGCAGAGGCCGCCAAAGCAGAGGCCGCCGCCGGUGCAGUUGCUGCCUUCAUGGCCGAGGGUUGGAAGGCAGAAGGCCAUAAGGACUGGGUGGCCUCGGUCAUGGAGGGAUCCGCAGACGGGUGGGUGAAGGGCACCGGGGCGAUGUGGCUAGCCCGAAAGGGUGAAGAUUAUUAUGCCGGGGGGGAAUUCUUCACCCAGGCCUUGAUCUACAGAAGGCUUGCACGGCACUUGAAGAUCGAGCCGGCGGCCUUCGAUCCGGCGGCAUAUGGCCUCCCCCCCCCUCCAGCCUGAUAUCAGAGUCCCCCUUCCCGAGGCCGUUGAAAGGCCAGAAUUGGAGGAUUCUGAGCUCCUGAAAGAGGCCGAGGGAGAUGAAGCAGAGGUCGGCAUGGAGGUCAUCUCAAAGCCCGCGGAAGAGGCUGCCCCCGGAGCUGAAAAUAUCUGACCUGUAUUUAGUAGCGUUUUGAAAGUUUUUUUUGUGUAAUGGAUAUCUGUGUACUCUCGGCCUCGGCCAUAUUGUAAUAUAUACUUUAACUCUUCCAUUCUUCUUAUGAAUGAAUACCGG